GGUCCCCGGCCACAACAGGCUUCUCCUCCUCCUUGCGGGGGCCCUGGUGGUCCAGGCGGUGUUCCAGGGGACGCACUUGGUGCAGCAGGGGCGGGCGUGGGCGCAGCGGGCGUGGUGGUGGGCGUGGGCGGUGCUGCAGGCGUGGGCGGCUGCUGCUCAGGCCCUGGUCACAGCAAGCGGCGGCGUCAAGCUCCCGGGGUUGGCGCGGUUGGUGGGGCCAGUCCAGAGCGUGAGGAGGUCGGCGCAGGCUACAACAGUGAGGACGAGUAUGAAGCGGCUGCAGCCCGUAUCGAGGCUAUGGACCCUGCCACCGUUGAGCAGCAGGAGCACUGGUUUGAAAAGGCUCUACGAGACAAGAAGGGCUUCAUCAUCAAGCAGAUGAAGGAGGACGGUGCCUGUCUUUUCCGGGCUGUAGCUGACCAGGUGUAUGGAGACCAGGACAUGCAUGAGGUUGUGCGAAAGCACUGCAUGGACUAUCUGAUGAAGAAUGCCGACUACUUCUCCAACUAUGUCACAGAGGACUUCACCACCUACAUCAACCGGAAGCGGAAAAACAACUGCCAUGGCAACCACAUUGAGAUGCAGGCUAUGGCAGAGAUGUACAACCGUCCCGUGGAGGUGUACCAGUACAGCACAGAACCUAUCAACACAUUCCAUGGGAUCCAUCAAAACGAGGAUGAACCUAUCCGUGUCAGCUACCAUAGGAAUAUCCACUAUAAUUCAGUGGUGAAUCCUAACAAGGCCACCAUUGGUGUAGGGCUGGGCCUGCCAUCAUUUAAACCAGGGUAUGCAGAGCAGUCCCUGAUGAAGAAUGCCAUAAAGACAUCUGAGGAGUCAUGGAUAGAACAGCAGAUGCUGGAAGACAAGAAACGGGCCACAGACUGGGAGGCCACGAAUGAAGCCAUUGAAGAACAGGUGGCUCGGGAGUCCUAUCUACAGUGGCUACGGGACCAGGAGAAACAGGCUCGCCAGGUUCGUGGCUCCAGCCAGUCCCGGAAAGCCAGUGCCACAUGCAGUUCGGCCACAGCAGCAGCCUCCAGUGGCCUGGAGGAGUGGUCCAGCCGAUCCCCACGGCAGCGGAGUUCAGCCUCGUCCCCGGAGCACCCUGAGCUGCAUGCCGAGUUGGGCAUCAAGCCCCCUUCCCCAGGCACUGUCUUAGCUCUUGCCAAACCUCCUUCGCCCUGUGCACCAGGUACAAGCAGUCAGUUCUCGGCAGGGGCCGACCGGGCUACUUCCCCCCUCGUGUCCCUCUAUCCUGCUCUGGAGUGCCGGGCCCUCAUUCAGCAGAUGUCCCCCUCUGCCUUUGGUCUGAAUGACUGGGAUGAUGAUGAGAUCCUAGCAUCGGUGCUAGCAGUGUCCCAACAGGAAUACCUAGACAGUAUGAAGAAAAACAAAGUGCACAGAGACAUGCCCCCAGACAAGAGUUGAUGGAGACCCAGGGACUGGACACCAUCUCCCAGCCCCCACCACUCCUGCCCUCCGGCGCCACCCCACCUUCUUUGGCUUUCUCUCUCCUCUUGCCUCCUUCCCCAUUUUCCCUCUCCCUUCUUUCCCCCUCCUCCCCACUUCCCUCUGGCUGGCCCAUCCCUGUGCUCCCUCUCAUCGCUGCUGCUGCCACCAUCACCUGUCUCUCUGCCAGCUGACGUGCCCUGUUGCCCCCGCACAGCACCAUCCCUGCAUUCCACAGGGGACUCGGGCAAGGGUGUCGGAGGUAGGCGAGAGGCACCCAGAGACAAACCAACUGGCAGCCAGGAGCCCCAGAGGAGAGAGACAUUCAGACAGAGGAAAGUCCCCUGCCCCUCAUUCCUUUCAAGAUCAGAAAACUUGUCACCGCUCCCCCCCAAGUGAUGCCAGGGAGGUGGGAGGAAGAAGUGGGACAUUUCCCUUCCCAGUUCCCCAAGAAUGUCUGAGCCUUCAAUGUUGAAUUUUUCUUUAUUAAAAUGUACUUUUAUCUUAUAAAAUCAACCAAUCAAAAAUGACAGACAACAGCAUUGGCUCUGUGAAGGCGGCAUCUCUCUGGUUUGGGGCAGACAGGCCAUGGGGCAUGGAGGGGGCACAAAGAUGUGGGUUGUUGUCUUCUGGCUUCCAGCUACAUGGAUUGGGGCAGAGGGCCUAAGGUGUGAGCUGGUGGAGAUGUCAGGUGUCAGACCAGCUUUGGACAAUGAGACCCUGACCUUGCUGCAUUCCUUUUGCUUCCACCACCACCACUAGCCUCUUUGGAAUCUUGGGAUGGGAGGCAUCUUAAGGGAUCAUGGCCGCCACCCAGGAUUUGAGCAUAGAGUGUGGGAGCAGCCUCGGCAGAUGGGGCACUCGUGCCCUGCAGGUGUUGACAAGAUCCGCCAUCUGUAAUGUCCUUGGCACAAUAAAACCAAAUGUCAGUUUCCCUGA